AUGCCAUGUUUCUUGGUUAAUAUUGCAGGGUCCACGUUCACUGUAUACGGUGCUGUGCUUUCAGAUACUGCUAUAAUGGAUCCUCUUACCCCGACCUACCACUUUAUUUGGUUCAAGAAUAAUGAAAAGAUGAUGUUGUUACUUUCUAGAGCAUUUCAGGCUAUACUUCAAACGAAUGGUGAAGUACAAGAACAUUCAGUGUACGUGAAAGCUGUUCAGAGAAAAUAUUACUCACUUCAAGCGUACAAUUUUUUACUUACGAAUGGAAAUCAUGCUCUAAAAAUCAUAGAGGCCACAUAUAUGCCUGAAGAAAUUAUUAGAGUGAUCCAAAUUUUACAUGAUAAUGAUUAUGUACAUGGAGACUUGUGCGAGGGCAAUAUUUUAGUUUGUCGACAUAGUGAAAGAGAAUGUGGUUUUGAUGUGAAGCUAAUCAAUUUUGAAUGGUCAGGACUUGUUGGAACUGCAUGUUAUUCUCAUUUUAUGAAUCAUAUCGCUAUUCAUUGGCUAGAAGGGGCAGAAGAUAGAAAGAAAGUCACAAAGGAACAUGACAAUACCAUGUUGGAGCAGACUUUUCAGAAAACGAAAUUGUCGCAAGAAUCAAAUGUGUCACAAGAAUCAAUUGUAUUGCAAGAAUCAAAUGUGUCUGACAUGUCGAUUGAACAGUGA